AUGUCAAGCAGACCUUCGGAUUUAUUGCUCCUGUUGCCUGCGUUCGCGAUCAGCGCCGCUACGAGCCUCUUUCGCGAUGCUCUUCGGGCUAAGAGCGAGAACUACGAAUAUCACCCGGCCCCGCAGACCUCAGUUGUCACGGAGAUAGUUGUCGCCUCGCCCACCCCAUCUACCACCCACACUGCGCCAGAUGUCGCAAGCACCACCACGCCGCUGUCAGUAAAUUCCCUGCCUACAGCAUGGUAUUAUUCCCUCGAAUUGGCCCUCCUACUGGUCUACCUCUUCAUUCUUCUGUCCAGCGUUAUCGUCGCGCGGGCAAGAUUCACCAACUCGGAGGAAAACCGCCCAUUGAAUCAGGCGGAUACUAGUCCAGAAGAGAGUGGCUCCUCACAGUUUCUCGAAUUUUCCGCGAUUACCACGAUCGAGACGGUACCGGUAUCGCCUCCGUCAAGCCCAAAGCCGACAAAUUGCACCUUCUCAAAAAUUACAUCGGUCGACUCCACGCCAUCCGCCGAAGACGAGAACAGGCACGCUAUCUCCGAAAUCACUGCAGUAGAUUUUCCACCAUCUAGCCCUCCAGUACCUCAGCCGGAAGCUCUCUGCUCGGGAUUCCACGACAUGGCGCUUGUCACGAGCUCCAUCUCCACCUCAUCUGUCUUGCCCUGUGAGGCAACCUCAUCUACGGACGACGAAGCCCUCUCCCAGACCGACUCGAGCGAAGCAGAUGAAGAAACGCUCCAAGAGCGGAUCAAUGCUUGGAUCUUGGCACCUGUACCGCCACUGAGCAUAGAACUUCCAGAACUUGCUCCAGUACCUUCUUCCCCUCGGCCUGCUCCGCGUCUCCCCAUACAAGCACUCCGCCUGCCACCAAACGUCGCACGAGCAAGAUUUGAACACUGCGUUGCCUAUCCGAAGCCGCGCCUCAUUUGGCCCACGUUCCUCGAAAAGAACCCCGUCGAUGUCGAAGAGUACGAGGAGCUCCUCGAGUUGAGACACAAGGAACGAAGGGAGAAUCCAAAGAAGCGGGCUCGAGGCCUCCGUACUUUUCAAGGCAGACAUCUGUCGUACAAGCUCAUCAAGGCGGAGGAUGACGAAGCUCGGCAGAAGAUCUGGGACCAGGCCCAGGUGAAGAAACUGAAACACAAUGAGCAGAGUAGAGCCAGCUGGGCGAGGAAAGAUAGAGAGCGGAAGGAGAAACAACAGCAGCAGGAGCAAGUAGAGGAGGAAUAG